UCAACCUCGUACCUAUUUGGUUGCUGUUAGGUUUAGGAUGUUUGUUUGGGUUCGAUUAUACUUUGUAGUGAAUAAAAACCUUGCUUUUUCGUAGUGAAUGCAACUUGUUUGAUAAAAUGCCCCUUUGAAUAUGCUACAUAUUUCUACAAGGUUUUAGAGUUUAAGGAUUGAAGGCACUGCUUGAUAUGGCUUUAGAGUUUAAGGAUGCAUUUUCUCUGUUGCCAGAACAUGACUCUGUCUAUACUCUGUCUGUUACUUGAAGCUCCUAAUCGAAGUUUCUAAUGUUUUUACUGGAAGCAAACAUGUGACUGCAAAUAUUUAUUUCCCUGAAAUUUGUGAAAUUCAUAUGCAGUUAAUUGGCUGGUGUCAUAAAUCAGAUGAGUUUAUUAGUUCUUUAGGAAUGAAGAUGAAAACUAAAUUUGAUGACUAUUGGAAAAAAUGCAGCCUGGCUUUGGCUAUUGCUGCUAUCUUAGAUCCUAGAUUUAAGAUGAAGCUUAUAAAAUAUUACAAACUCUGAUUGGAAACUCUGAUUUAUGUUAUAGCUUAUGGUUCAUUGCAAUGUGUUGUAUGCUUUAGUUUAAGUUAGUAUAUACUUGAAUUUGCACUGAUUUUGUACGGUUAUAAUGUAUGAAUUUGUAAGUGAAUUCAGGCUGUUUGAGUGAUGCUGAUUUAUUUGUCGAUAUGUGUUGUGUUGUAUUGUCAUUAAGCGUCACUGAUUUAUUGUCGAUAUAUGCUAUCUGCUUUGUAAUUUAUGAAUUUGUAAGUGAAUUUGCACUGAAUUUGUAAGGGUAAUUUAUGAAUUUGUAAGUGAUUUUUUAUGUUUGGGAUCUGCAGAGAUGGAGGACAUAUUGCCAGGACCGAGCAGCCGGGUGGUUAUCACUGACAAUGCUUACCAUGUCAGUGAUAAUGUUUGGAGAGGUACAGAUAGGGGGCCUCUAGAGUGCUUUGGUGCGAGCCGUCUACUUCAUGUUUGGGUUCUGUCUGAGGCACAGAAGGAGCUGUUGCACGCCGUGGGAUUCGGAUUGUUUGCUAACCAGGAUGUGGGGGUACAGAAUGACACGGCAUUAGUCUCUGCACUCGUGGAGCGGUGGAGGCCUGAGACGAACACCUUCUUCAUGCGCCAGGGUGAGAUGACUAUUACUCUGCAGGAUGUGAGUUAUAUUUUGGGGCUGCCUAUUCUUGGGCAAGCCUUGGGAGGGCCAGCCAUACAGUGCCCGGCCUCGUGGUUUCGGAGAUUUUGGUUCGAGGAACUGAGUGAUGAAGAUUAUGAGGCUGGUUGGAAUAAGUCAGGCAUCAAGUUCACAUGGCUUUAUCAGAGAUAUGGACGGGCAGGUGUGGAGGGUGACCCUGAGCGGAUUGCAAUUCACACGCAGGCUUAUCUUAUGCUGGUUGUUGGGGCUGUUCUGUUCCCUACGAGGAGUAGGAGUGUUGUUCACCCGAGGUACAUUGGGCUCCUUCGUGAUAUUUCACAGAUUCAUACGUACUCCUGGGGUUCUGGUGUCUUGGCAUAUCUGUAUAGGGCUUUGGGGAUGGCUGUCAGGAAGGAUAACACACACAUUGCCGGUUGCAUGCUGCUACUUCAGAUUUGGAGUUAUGAGCGGUUUGAUAUCGGGUUGCCUUGUCCUUUUCCUCAGGCUGUGAGAUUUCCAGCUGCGUUGUAUUGGGCUUAUCCGAAGACGAAGAGUGUUCUACUUGAGGAUAAGGAAGCUGGAAAUGCAGAAGAGGUUGUGGUGAAGCCGGUGCUUGGGAAGCGGCGCCGGGGUUCUAAGGGUCCUCACCACAACUUGCCACACUAUAGGGCUGAGUUUGAUGGCGUCGGGUCAGAUCGAGUGAGGUGGACACCUUAUGAUGAGGAGCCAGAGGAGGUUUAUGGAGACGAGGAUGAGCCCCCUGUGAUUCCACAUCUUGAUUGGGAUCUGAUUGAGGCACAGUUUGCCGGACAGUCCAGGCUUCCACUUCUCUGCUUCGACAUUUGUGAGUUCCAGCAUUCUGACAGGGUUUUGAGGCAAUUUGGGUUGAGGCCGUGCAUUCCGAGGCCACCUGUAGACAUGACUGCGUAUAGGAAGCCGAAGCAGAGAUUCCAUGCAGAGAAUUGGAUGGCUGUGUGGUUCGCAGAGAUUGGGCGGUGGAGGCGCUUUUGUGACCGGCCUGACAUAGCCCUGUGUGAUGAUUUAGGGUACACUUCGGAGGCUGCGUACAUGGAGUGGUACAUGGAGGUGUCUAGGAGGCGAGUGGGGAAGCCAAAGCCCAAGCCUCAAUCAGAUUAUUCCAGUCGUGAGUUGUUUGACAACUACGAGGCCUUCCAGCUUAUUGAGUCAGCUAUGGACCUAGUAAGGCAGUUGGAUGCGCGUAUGCCUUCUAGUUUUGUCCCCGAGUUUCGACAACUUGCACCUAAGUUUGUCGACCGAUACUCUCGCUUCAUGAAGACUGUGAAGGGGCCGGGAUUCACCCCUCCAGUCUUUGAGCAUCUAGAUCGGGCAGACUUGUCUGGGACAGGGUUGGCAGGUGUCGCUGAGCAGGACAUCAUUCCCAUGACUCAGCCUUCGCAGCAUAUCCCCGAACAACCAGCAUCUUCUUCCCGUCCAGACAAGUUGGCACUUGUUAGUCUGAGGAAGGGGAAAUGGAAGAUGAACAAGCCCCUUUCUCCCACAAAGCAAGAUACAAUAGCUACAGAAUGGGGUUGGAAAGAUGGUGUGGUGAAGCUAGAUGGGGGGGUGAAGAAUGCAUUGUACGAGUUGAAGCCUGUCAAUUUGCUGACACUGGCUCCGGGAUCUUGGAUAGAUGACCGGAUUAUUUAUGCGUAUAUGGUACGUUCCUAGACCUCUAUGUGUAUUCCGUUUUGAAUUGAUGACCUCUAUGUGUACGUGUGUUAAGUA